AUGUCUUCUUUCUUCUCUUGCUGUUCAGUUGCCCCCUAUCGACCGACACACCUGCAACACGAGGGGAAAUUUGACAGAUUUAUCACUUGGGCUAAGAAAUCCGAUACCUCUCCUGCGGCUAACUCCGCCUCUUUCUUUCAAGACACUGAAAAUCUUCCAGAGUUCGCUGUUCAAUUCGUCCAGCAGGUGAACUAUGGCCCGGUUGAAGCCAAGCGCUAUUUUAUUCCAUCUACCCAGGAUAGCUCUUUUCCAGCGGUUGGGGAGGGCUUCCUAGAGGUCACGGAACAGAACUUGAUUACUGGCAAUUUCCAGAAACUCAAUUCAUUGCACAACAAAUUCUUCGAGAUCAAUCUCUAUCAAAAGGAUCCUAUUAAUCUGCAUCAUUGGAAGUUCAACAUUGCUCGCUCCGCUGGCAACAUUGAUAUCUAA